UUCACCUAUCUCCUCUUCUUUCUUGUAAGGCAAACUAUAAGUCUUCCCUUGAUUCAAAAUUAAAAUUAAAUUAACGAUUAAAAUAACCUGUUUGGUAAUUUUAGAAACUAAAAUGAUAUCUUUAUGUGUGUUACUCUCCUUCUAGACAUUCUACUUCUAUCUUACAGCAUUCCAAAAUCUAAUGUGAACUCAACCACCCUUUCACACCCUCCAUUUUUUCUAUUCAUAAAUAACCUUUUUCUUUAUGGUUUCAACCAUCUUCUCUACAUUGCCACUUCCAUCUCCUCAAACAGCGCUUUCUAACUUGUGUUUGUGUUUGGAAGAAAAGAUUCAUUGGUUAUGUUAUGGCUACACCAAGCAAUGCAAAACCUGGUUGCUUCUAUGACUUCUUUCACCUACUCUUUUGUGCUGAGAGUGGAAAUAGUCCUCCAAUAAUGCACCCUUCUAACGACUUUACAGAACCACAUGCAACAAAUGUAGUGCACACAAACAAAGAUGCAAUAGCCAAUCCAACUAAACCAGGAGUGGUGGCUAGGCUAAUGGGGCUUGAUUCACUUCCAAGUACCAACUUAGCACCAAGAGGAAACACAAACACCACAGAUUCAGUUCCAAGAAGUAGGUCAGUGAACUUUGUGGAUUACUUGCUCAAGUUUGAUACCAACCAAAACCAUCACCACCAAGUGAAGACCUCAGCAUCAUUCAGAGAGGUUCCUGAAUUGUUUCAGGACAAGAAUCAUGACCUAGUUGUGCUCUACUUGGACACUGAAGACCAACAAGUUGGAACCUUAUUGAGAAAGCAAGAAAUGGGGAUGGGAGAAUCAAGACAGAGAAAGAAGCAGGGGAGCAAGAACAACAACAAGGAGAUUGUUGAUGUGAAGGGAAAAAAAUUUUGCAAGUUUGAGAACGAGCCUAGAGUGGUCCCUUCUAAGCAUAGGUCAAAGGUUCAAAAUCACAAUGAAGCUCAAGUUUUGGCAUCAGUUUCAGCAUGUUCUAAGCAUUGUAGUAAUAGAAAAAAAGUUGGUUGUGACACUAAAGGGUUAAGAUCAAUCUCCACAUCGCCAAGUAAGCAGAAGAAAGUGUUAUCUGAACCAAAACGCACGAGAAAAACAAGAAAACAAGAGUCAAAAAAGAGGAUAGAGACUGACUGUAGCUCACAGAAUUUGGGUCCAAUUUCAGUCAUAGAUGAGUAUGACUACUCAUUUCUUAGUGGACCUGAUUUUCCAGAUUACACAAACCCCUUAAAGUGGGAAUGUUCAGAGCAAUUGUUACUUGGUGAUAAGAAUGUUGGAGACAGAGCAAGCAAAGACAAAGGGUUUUCCUACCUUGACAUUACCAGGAACACAGAGUAUUUAUCAGAAUUAACUGUGAAUCUUCGCAACUUAGUAGAAAAUGAUAUAAGAGAAUCAGAUUUCACGGGAAAGCGCAUGUGUGAGAGUGAAAGUUAUAGGGAAACUUGUUUGGAGUAUGAACAUAAAAUUUUUGACAUUUUACUGCACGAGGUUGUCAAUGAACUCCUGGAAUAACAUUGAGAAUAAUAAGAAAAAAAAUAGUCUUUUUUU